AUGGUCAUCCAGAGCACUCUCACAACGCACUCUCUAUCUGUCACGCUUCCUCGUGCCAUACAAUCUGAAAUGGUGACUGUUUCUGUCAAAAAAGGAGAUAGGUUGAAUAUCGUUGCCGAUGCAUGGCACAUGGAGAUUGAUUGUCACUAUGAGUGGCAAGUGCAUUUCGCACCCGGUGACGCAGACAUGUCCAGUGCCCGUGCACGGUUUGCACCUGACGGGAAACUUUCCAUUAGUGUUCAGCGACGCAUUCCGGGGCAAAGCUAUGGUCGGGCAGCGCUGGGAACCAGGUUCUGA